AAAUAAUCGACAUACUUCUUUUUUCAUGUUUUAUUUAAACUUUGCAUACAUUUUGUUGUAUUGGAUGAAUAAAAUAUACAAUUUAAAUCAUAUUAGUUUUUAUUUUUAUAAAUUAAUAAAAGAUUAUUAAUUUAUUAGAUAAUUCUUUUAUUUUCUUCGUUCCGCCAUCUGUUUAAAGAAACAUAAACUACAAUGAAUGAUAUUUACAUGUGAAUUGUGAUGCCAUCUAUUUGGGUAUUAAAACAAUAGUUCGUAAAUAUAAUGGUAGAAAAUUGAAAAUACCUGCUAUAAGUAGACCCUGCAUUAUUUUGACGUACUUCUUUUUUCGAUGUCAUAAUAUGUCAUUCAUUUUGUUGUACUACAAUUGAAACCUUAUGUAUUUAUGAUAAGUACUAUAUUGACUUGUAUUUAAAAAAAUAUAGUGUUUUUCGGAAUCGCGUUUUGGAAUGAUUGAAUUAGUACCUUAUGUAGUGACUCAUAAGUUUCAUAUUGACUUGUAUUAAAAAAAUAUAGUGUUUUGCUGAAUCGCGUUUUGCUUUUGGAAUGAAUUAAUUAGUGCCUUAAGAUUUGAGACAUAAGUUUCAUUUUGACUUGUAAUAUAGGGUUUGGCCGAAUACAUGGUUUGAAUCCGAUUCAUGUACGAUUUGCCCGAUUCAGUCACAUCGGCAAUAUAGUGUUUCAGAAAAUAUAUAGAUGCCGAAUGUUUUGAUAUAUAGAUUUUGAUAUUACUGCAAUAUAUAGAUUUAAUAUCUAUAUAUGUUUUGUAUCGUCCAUACCUACAAUAGAAAAGAAAUCGUAUUGUGGAGAUUGAUGUAUGAGAAUUCAUUUACUGAAUACUUAGGAUAGGAGAAUUUUUAAUUCCUCAUCAAGAUGACGACGUUGGCAGAGCCGAACCUGGGUAAUGGUCGCAACAAAGGUUUAUUUAAUAACAUGACCGGCUUCAGUACAUUGAUCACGGUUACGGUUUUGUUGCUGGCUUGGUUGGCCGGUUUCGCAUCCCGGCUUUUUGCAGUUAUCCGUUUCGAGAGUAUUAUCCACGAGUUCGACCCUUGGUUCAACUAUAGAUCUACAGCGUAUAUGGUGCAGCAUGGUUUCUAUAAUUUUCUAAAUUGGUUCGACGAGCGAGCAUGGUACCCCCUUGGUCGCAUCGUGGGGGGUACAGUUUACCCUGGUCUAAUGAUCACAUCAGGGUCAAUACACUGGUUACUGCACGCCCUGAAUAUACCAAUACAUAUAAGAGAUAUUUGUGUGUUCCUUGCACCAGUGUUCAGUGGUUUAACAGCAAUAGCUACAUAUCUAUUGACUGCAGAGCUGUGGUCGAGGGGUGCUGGCUUGUUUGCCGCAUGUUUCAUAGCCAUAGUACCUGGCUACAGCAGCAGGUCUGUGGCAGGGAGCUAUGAUAACGAGGGAAUUGCUAUAUUUGCCCUCCAGUUCACAUAUUUCCUUUGGCUGAAAAGUUUAAAGACUGGUUCAGUUUUCUGGUCAAUAUGUACAGCGCUCUCCUAUUUUUAUAUGGUGUCAGCAUGGGGUGGAUAUGUUUUUAUAAUCAACCUGAUACCCCUGCAUGUGUUUGCACUGCUGAUAAUGGGGAGGUUCUCUCAGAGACUGUUUGUGAGCUACAGUGUUUUCUACAUAGUGGGACUUCUUCUGUCCAUGCAAAUACCGUUUGUUGGAUUCCAACCAAUCCGCACAAGUGAACACAUGGCUGCGUCAGGUGUAUUCGCCCUGUUGAUGGCUGUUGGUGCUUUGAAAUAUUUACACAGUCUGAAUCCAAAGGGGCAGUGGAAGCAGUUGCUCAUAGUUGGGGGACUAGUGUCUGCAGCUCUGGUGUUCCUCAUGGUUGUGUUCCUUACUUACAUGGGUGUGAUAGCUCCAUGGAGUGGCAGAUUCUAUUCCCUAUGGGACACUGCGUACGCGAAGAUCCACAUCCCCAUCAUAGCCUCAGUGUCGGAGCAUCAGCCCACAACAUGGUCGUCGUUCUUCUUUGACCUGCACGUGCUUGUGUGUACAUUCCCUGUGGGGCUUUGGUAUUGUGUCAAGAAUAUCAACGAUGAGAGAGUAUUUGUGACGUUAUACGCUCUAAGUGCGGUAUACUUCGCGGGUGUGAUGGUUCGACUCAUGCUGACUCUAACGCCUGUAGUGUGUGUGCUAUCCGGAAUAGCAUUCUCUAUCCUCCUUGAUCUCUUACUGAGGGAGGACGAACUGCCCGCUGCACCGGUUGAACCCAAUGAUAAGAAUCUCUAUGAUAAGGCUGGUAAAGUGAAGAAGCGCGCGCCAGAGCCAACCACACAAGCGGACUUCGGUUUAGGAACCAAUGUGCGCUCUGGUGUGCUCAUCGCCUUCAUGAUACUGCUGAUGCUGUUCUCUGUGCACUGCACCUGGGCGACUUCCAAUGCUUACUCCAGCCCCAGUAUUGUGCUGGCCAGUUAUGGGAAUGAUGGAUCACGUAAAAUAUUGGACGACUUCAGAGAAGCUUACGGCUGGUUGUCACAGAAUACAGCUGAUGACGCUAGAAUUAUGUCCUGGUGGGACUAUGGUUAUCAGAUUGCGGGAAUGGGUAACAGGACGACUCUAGUCGACAACAACACGUGGAACAAUUCCCACAUAGCACUCGUCGGUAAAGCCAUGGCCAGCAAUGAGACUGCUGCAUACGACAUUAUGACGAUGUUGGACGUGGACUACGUGCUGGUUAUAUUCGGUGGAGCGAUAGGCUACUCUGGGGAUGACAUCAACAAGUUCAUAUGGAUGGUGCGGAUUGCUGAGGGAGAACACCCUAAAGAUAUCCAUGAAGCUGACUAUUUUACGGAAAAAGGAGAAUACAGAGUAGAUUCUGAAGCAUCUAAAACAAUGUUAAAUUGUCUAAUGUACAAAUUAUCCUACUAUAGAUAUGACAGCGGCGGCAGUCCGCCGGGCUACGACCGCACGCGCGGGGCUCUGCCCGGCAACCGCGGCUUCAAGCUCACUUUCCUUGAGGAGGCUUACACCACGGAGCAUUGGCUCGUUAGAAUAUACAGAGUUAAAAAGCCGUAUGAAUUCAACCGGCCCCGGUUGCCGCUAGCGAAGAGGACAAUACAGACAAGCCUUACCAUGUCCAAAAAGACUUCGAAGAGGAGAAAAGGUGUACUGAAGAACAAGCCGACGCUAGUGAAGGGUAAAAAAUUGUCGAAGUUGUAGUGAAGCAAUUGAGCGCGCGGCCUAGUGAUAUGUCGUAUCAGUGGUAACUAUGCAGUAUUCGUUUUUGGACUUACAUUUGAUCUGAGUGAAGUUAGUUAAUACGUAAUGUCGCUAAUGCAACAGCACUCGUCUCGUCUUCAAUACGAUACAAAAAUCUAGGAGGCCCUGCCCAACCCCAAUUAUUUAGCAAGUUUUGUUAAUUAUUUUAUCAUGUUGGUAGAAAAAGUACUGUAUGCCACUGCACGUAAUUAGCGGUUGUAGCACUCGUGCUGUCUAUUGUGCAAUUUGGCUUCUCUUUGCACAAGCAUCACUUGAGCUACAAUUGUCCCUUUACAUGACAGUGGCAUAAAUAACUAUUUUCGUUAUUGCAAUCAUCUAACAUUGUAUUUCUGCAUCCACGGUCGUGGGUUCGAUUCCCACAAAUGGAAAAUAUUUGUGUGAUGAGCAUGGGUGUUUUCCAGUGUCUGUGUGUAUUUAUACAUUAUAUAAGUAUUUAUAUGUAGUAUAUAAUUUUAUAUUAAUAUUAUAAUAUCAACUAUCUUAGCACCCAUAACACAAGCUACUCUGUAUGCUUACUUUGGGGCUAAAUAGUGAUGUGUAUUGUUUAAGUAUAUUUAUUUAUUUAUUUAUUAUUUUACACAAAAUGACAUAUUUAUCGUUAUUUUACGUAAAGUGGCAUUAGUAUAUUAGUAGUUGUAGCAAAUUAGUGACGUUAUUUUAACGAAAACCCGUUUUUUAAUGUAAUUUCGUUGUAAAAUAAUCAUGUUAGACGAUCGUAAAAACAAAAAAAUCACUGCCACUUGUAUGUAAAAUGAUAAUUUCAAGGACAUUUCGUUGCAAUAACCAUGUUAAUUGAUCGAAAACAAAAAUUCGAUGAAAAAUGUUGACACGACCAAAAUACAUAAUUGACAUUCACUUUGCGAUUGCAUAUCAAUUACAAUGUGGGUAGUAAAAUAUAUUUGUCAGGAAAAUAAAGCAAUACAACUUUAAAGCAAGGGUUAUAAAGUCGAAUUUCCUCUGACUUAUUCUCUUGUUAAUGGUACAAAGCAUAAUAAAUUUCCUGUGACCUGAAUUAUCGCUACUACAGUGUAGUUAGGUAUGUAUUAUUUAUAUAAUUUGUAAAAUAAUUUACGAGGUGAACUGAACUUUAUCACUAAAUAGUUUCAAGUUUUAAUACAAAAUGUUGCAUUCAAAUUAAACAUCCAUGUGAAUUGGGGUACAUACGAAGUGAUUUGGUAUAGUCUAAGAUCCGUAUUAGAAACGAUCUUCACCCAUCUGUUUAUUGCAUCGAUCUCUUAUUAAAAAGUAGAUGCACAAUCACCAAAAAAACGUUACCACUCAAUGAGUGCCAAACACAACUUCUUGGCACUCUAUUAAAGUAGUCGCAUUUGCACAUUUAACCUAAGGUUGAAUUUGAUCUGAAUUUGGGAUUUUUUUCUGGACAAUUUUCAGCCCUGUAUCAUUCGUAUCAUUUGGGCCCGAGUUCGUAUGGAGACUGGGUUUCUCCAUUGCUACAGAAGCAAUAUUUUAAUUAAGUUUAUCGAUUUUAUUGAUAUAUGAUUUAUAUGAUUUAUGAUUAACGAUAUAUGUAUAUUGAUAUAUGAUUAACGAUAUCCCGAAUAUUAGGUACUGUACAAUUGAUUGAAUCUACUCAUCCACAAUAUUGUGUUUGCUUGUAUGUAAGUUGUAAUAUACUAAAUCGUUUCAACAAUGCUGCAUACUUACCACUGGUAUUAAGUGUUUGAUCUAUGACUGACACCAAUCCUUUGUGUAUUUAGUCUAUUAGAGGUGUUUCUUGAAUUUUUAGAAGGUUAUAUUUAAAUUAUUUUACACAUGCUUGCAUGGACACUGGCGUAAUGACACAAAAAUAAUAAAAAAAUUGCGCAACAUUUUAUUUUAUAUUUCACAGCUAUUUUAAAAUUUCUCUUUUAAAAGUAUUAUAAACUAUCAAAAUGAAUAUUAUUUAUAUAUUUAUUGCCAUUUGUAAUGAUUGUAUGGUUUUAAUAUUUUUUAUUUAACUAUUCAAAAACUCGCGGUCGAAGUCCGUACGCGUUGAAUUUCGUUUUCUACAAAUCCCGCAGGAACCAUGGAUUUUCCGGGAUAAAAAGUAUCAAAAUUUAUUGUUCAUAUCUCUAUACCAUAUUUGAUGGCCUCCGUGGCGUUGUGGUAUGCGGUCCUGGGUUAGAUCCCUGGCUGGGCCGAUUGAGAUUUUCUUAAUUGGUCCAGGUCUGGCUAGUUUCGACUGGCUGGCUUCGGCCGUGGCCAGUUACCACCCUACCGACAAAGACGUACCACCAAGCGAUUUUGCGUUCCGGCACCAUGUCAUGUAGAAUCCGAAAGGGGUGUAGUUGUUUUCAUCCUCCUUCUAACAUGUUAGCCCGCUUGCAUCUAAGAUUACCAUCAGGUGAGAUUGUAGUCAAGGGCUAACUAACUAAAAAAGUAACUAAAGAAUAAAAAGAACCAUAAUAAUUUCUACAUUAAAACAGCGCAUUUAGCAGUGCAAAGGUAGACUGACAGACAGACUUUCGCAUUUAUUUUUAUACGUUUUUAUCCGAGGCUUUGUCUUUUAUGCCUCGCACCCUCCCCUUAUUCACUCUAGCUUGCUAAUUUUAGAAGUCAAGGCUGCCUUAAAGCUUACCAUAUCAAAGAUCUAAGUAUGGUAAUAACAUUUUUUGCUGAAAUAUAUUGAACGUAAAACUGCCGUAAAUUUAACUUUUAUCUAUCUAUUAGUAUCAUUGUUAGAUUUUGGCUGUGCUAAAUGACCUCUUUGUUAACCGACUUCAAAAAAAAGGAGGAGGUUCUCAAUUUCGACGCGUAUGUUUAUUUUAAUGUUUGUUACCUCAUCACUUCGUCAUUUAUGAAUCAAUUUUAAAAAUUCUUUUUUUUGUUUGAAAGAGUAUUCUUCCAGAUUGAUUUUGAUCCAGAUUUCAUUUUCAUGAAAUCGGUUUAGUAAUUUUGUUUUUAAAUCGAAAUAUCUGAAAUACGUCUUUGAAGUCGGUUCAAUUUUUAUGUUAAAAAGAUCAUAAAUAAGCUUCAUGUCCAUGUAAGGGUGUUUUUAAAAAUUAUAGUUCGAAGAGGGUAUCGUGUUUGUAAUAAUUGCUACGUCCAUUUGUAUAUUUAAAUAGUAUAGUUAAUGUACUAGAAGUUUGUUUGUCAUUUAUAAACACCGUGUUUGAUCGAAAAUUACAAAUUUGCAUAAGACUAAAGUUGCCAGAUGCGAUGGAAGAUUGAACAUAAAUUAUAUUCAUAGAUGGACAGAGUUAUUAUUUUUCUGUUUGCCUUCAUCGAUCUCCUAUUAAAAAGUGGAUGCACAAUCAGCGACCAAAAAACGUCCCCACUCAAUGAGUACCAAACACAACUUCUUGGCACUCAAUUUUAGUAGUCGCAUUUGCAAUUUCAACCUUAAACUCAAUCAUUAAGGUUGAAAUUGCUCUGAAUUUGGGAUUUUAUUGAAUAUUGGACUAUAUUUAAAGGCAUUUACGUAUAAUUUUUUUUACCAAUAAUUCUAAAACUGUUAAAGCAAAUUUGGCCAGUUUUAAGUGAAAUUUUCUACAAGAUUGUGCGUUCUUUUAUUAUAAGAGGUCAAUGUUUGCUUUCAAUAAAGUCAUAUUUUCAUAUAAAGGACCUACCCGUUUGGAUUUACAGACUCUGUGAAUAUUCAUGUUCACUGAAUAAUAAAUUUAUUUUGUUAUAUUCCGCUGUGAUGUCAUUUUGACGCCAAAAAACUGAGUAUAUUCAUUUAGCGGAAUGAAUAAGUCUUGGAGUUUAGUUGAGUAAUGUUUUUGCGGAAAAUAGCAAAUUAAUUUAUUAUUCGAUUGUAAAUAAUAAUAAUUAUGUUUAUGAAAUAUUUGCGACUUUUUCUGGUUGUAUAUGUUUACUUUUCUACCAAAUAAGGGUAAUCGUUGUGAAUGUAUCUGGCAACAUGGAUGGAACUUGCCUUAAUGUCAACAGUACUUAUCACAAUUAUUUUUAUCAGAAUACGAUCCUUGUAGACUUUUGUAUAAAUACUAGUUAGUGCAUAGCUUUAUGAAAUCAAAGAAAGCAAUAAUAUUUUUGGGACUAUAUUAUUAUUGUUGAACUUAUUGUCUUUUCUUCAAUAACGGAGUCCUAUUAGAAAAAAAAAAAAAAUUAUCACUUUAUGUAAUGAUUGUAGUGUGAAAAAAUUAUCAUAACUCCGGGAAACUUAUCACUUUUCAGUUCAUCAGUCUAAUUUUGUUCUUAUAAAUCAGAAUGUCGAUAAUUUUGUCAAAAAAAACAAUGCUUGUAAUUUAUUUCAAGUAAAAAUCAAAGUUUGAAUACAUGCUGGUCAACUUGUCAAAACAUUUUCUAUAUAUACGAGUAUUUUUCUUACAAACCAAAUGUUCUACGUUAAAUGUUUACUGAGUUGCAGAUUAAGUAAGGGUGAGGUCAAACGAGCGUAAUUUUGUGAGUUGUCAGUCUCGUAAUUUCGGUUGCGUAAUUUCUGCUGCAUUCGAUUUCAUACAAAAGUCCAGAGGGCCUAGUGGCAGUUUGAUACUGUGACGAUCGCGUUAUCGUAAACGCGAAUUUCUAAGGAAUUGAAACAGCGCCAUCUAGUGGCACUACUGCACAACUGUUUCAAUGCUAGAUAGUAACAGUAUGAAAAUAUUGAAAACUCCCACUAUACACACUGUUCUUGCCACACGGCGUAGCAAAAUGAGUUGUGUUCCGACUUAACAUGCGAAUUUCUGCGACAGAAAUUACGCGACAGACAACUCACAAAAUUACGCUCGUUUGGCGUCACCCUAAAAGAAAUACUGUAGGGAAAUAGGAAUUCUAUUCAUCGUUAAUUGGUUCAUUCAUUCAUUCGUUCAUUCAUUGCUUGCUUAACACUGAUAAGGCCGCCAAUUAUUUGUAGCUAUAUGUAUAUUGUGUUUGUUAUUUGGUGUAGGUACAAUCACUUAUAUUUAUUUACAUCAUUUAUGUUAUGUAAUCUUACUCAUUAAACUAAUAGCAAAGCACCUAUAAAGUUCAAUUUUGUUGGAGUUGGUUUGUAUCGAAUGUACUUCAGUAUUUCUAUUCCAUCAAAUUUUACUGUUCCUUUAGUAGAGUGUUAGUUACAAUAGAGUUGUAAUGUAAAUAUAAUGGCACGCGCAUACAGAAAGCGUUCAGGCGUUCUGAGUUAAGCGUUCAUAGUUCUACGUUCGGCGUUUAUAGUUCUACGUUCGGCGUUCUGAGUCAACCUUUCCUAGUUCUACGGUCUGCGUUCUGAGUCGAUCGUUCCUAGUUCUACGUUCGGCGUUCUGAGUCGAGCUUUCCUAGUUUUACGUUCGGCGUUCUCUAUAGUGAUUGUAAUAAUUUAAUAUCAACGGGCAGAUGGCAGGCGGUCAAACGAAGCUGAUUGCUCUCUGUGCGGUGCUAUGAAGGUAACCUGAUACCCUAAGCAAUCAACCGCUAACUUAUGUGAACUACAAUACAGGCAAAGAUUAGGUAUCAAUCAAUGUCAAUUUAAAACGCGUGAUUUUUGAAAUUGCUUUAACUUUCGUGUGCUCAUUUGCUCGUUCGUCUCUGGUGCUCCUCUUGACGUUAUGCCCUAAGCUUAAUGCCCUUAAACAGCUUGUAGGCCAAUUCAGGACUGACGUCACAGAAAACUAUUAGACUUCUUACCAGAACACUGAACGCAGAACGUAAAACGCAGGCUUCCACCAGUUAACAUCUUACCGAGAAAGACGUGCCGCCAAGCGAUUUAGCGUUCCGGUUCUAUCUCGUGUAGAAACCGAAAGGGGUGUAGAUUUUCAUCCUCCUCCUAAGAAGUUAGCCCGCUUCUAUUUUAGAUUGCAUUAUCACUUACCAUCAGGUGAGGUGUAGUCAAGGGGUAACUUGUAUAGAAUAAAAAAAAACGCAUAACUUCGCAUAUCGCGGAAGUCUUUCUGUCUGUGCGGGGUCUACGUGUUUUUAUAUCUAUAUUAUCUAUGAAACGGACCGUUGGCCAGCUAUAUAAGUGAAAGGUGUCGCGUCUAUACUUUAUGGGUAUCCUCUAUGUCCCCGUGCGUUAGUUAGCAAAUUGUUUUCUUUUCUCUUGUCUUUUGUUUAGUGUCCCGUGGAUGAAGAUGUUAUAUGUUUUAAUUUUAUUGUUGCACAGCGCUAUUUUGUUUUACAUAUUUUCUAACAGAGUUUUAUCGAUAUGUAAGGUCUCAUUGUAGUAUACAAUGUUCUUAAAAUAAACUGCUAAAAUAUGA